CCUGCCCAGGAUAUACAGCCUUGUCUCUUCUCCCAACUGGCCCCCAACUUCAGCUUGGAAGCCAGCCAAGGGCAGCCUCACCAGCUAAGUUCAGGGUCACCCACCCAAUGGGCCUCACACCAACCAAGCUUUGUGCCAUGACGCCACAGCUUGGGGGUGGGUACACACAGUCACCUCCCCUUCCACCCCUACCUGUUUUUGCUCUGUCCCUGCACUUCAGUGGCCAUUCUGGCAUGCCAGCCUAUCACCCACCCUUUCUAGUCUUUCUAGAACGGGCCAGUGGACACAUACCUGGCAGCUUAGCUUGGGGAAGGCCUGUGAGGCAGGGCCUCCUAGCUCUGAGUGACCCCCUUGCCUCUGGUUGUGCUUGUGCCCAGCACAAUGGGAGGCCAUAUUGCCACAAGCCGUGCUAUGGAGCUCUCUUUGGACCCAGAGGAGUGAACAUUGGUGGUGUGGGCUGCUACAUCUACAACCUCCCCACUCCUCCUGCCAACAGCACUCCCCUCAGCCCUAGUGAUUUCAGCCCCCCAAGGCCACGGACAGGCCUCCCCCAAGGCAAGAAAAGCCCUCCCCACAUGAAGACAUUCACUGGGGAGACUUCCCUGUGCCCCGGCUGUGAGAAACCCGUCUAUUUUGCUGAGAAGGUGAUGUCUUUGGGCAGAAAUUGGCACCGACCCUGCCUGAGGUGCCAGCGUUGCCAGAAGACCCUGACUGCUGGAAGACAUGCGGAACAUGAUGGCAUCCCCUACUGCCACAUCCCCUGCUACGGCUAUCUGUUUGGCCCCAAAGGUGUGAACAUUGGUGAUGUGGGCUGCUACAUUUAUGAAUGAAGAUAAGAUCCAAAUGAGCUACUCACAGCAGAAGUCAUCCUACCUAAGGCUUCUCACCAUCCCCUUCCUGGCCCAAUGGGGGCUACACAAUUUGCCAUUUUCUUGGGGUGAGGGAAGAUAAGAUCCUGGGGGCUGAGCCUAGGUUUCACGGUAGAUCUCUUUCUUUUUCCUAUUUGGUUAGAGGACUUACGCCACCUCAAUUUAAAUGGUAGCCUACUGACCUUCCCAAUUCCUUUCCGGGCAAAUUCUGGAGCUUCAAGCUAUGUCAUCAAACUUGCUUAUUGAGCCUCAGUGUCUCCAGCUUCUCUAAUAAAAUAUUGGCUUCUA